GCGUACCGAAGCUAGAUUUAUUUUAAACCAAACGUCACAACUGCCCUGAGCUAACCCAGAACAACAAAGUCCGGCCGAAUUCUAGCUUGAAAAGUUGCAACACCAUAUGGAUCGCAGCACACUCCCGACAUGACCAGCAGCCUCAAGACGGGCCCGUCGACGACGGCGCUGGGGCUGCAGGCCCUGGCCGUGCCCGGCGUGUGCCUGCUCAUCGGCUUCCUCGGCUAUGUCUCGCAGCUGCUCUUCUACACGGCUCCCGACCUCGCCCCGGGCCCCCUGACAACGCCCGAGUCCGUCGUCUUCAACCUCCUCCUGGCUUGUCUGUGGUGGACCUACUACAAGGCGUGCACCGUCGAGCCGGGCCGCUAUCCCCCUCCAAAUCCGCAUGAUCCGACUCCUUCCGCCGAAUCCGAAAAAUAUCGUCCUACCUCGACGGCGACGACGACGACGACCACCACCACCACCGCCACAGAAACAACAACUACUAUUACCACUACCCUCCGAUGGUGCAAGAAAUGCCGCGCCCCAAAGCCCCUGCGCGCCCACCACUGCCGCCACUGCGGGCGCUGCAUCCCCAAGAUGGACCACCACUGCCCGUGGACGGGCAACUGCGUGUCGAUGCAGACCUUCCCGUACUUCCUGCGCUUCCUCGUCUUCACGAACCUGUCGCUGUGGGUGCUUGGCAGCUUCGUGUGGGAGCGCAUGGCCAUGAUCUGGUCCGACCGCCACCUGCCGGCCUACUUGGGGCCGACGCUGCCGCACCUGGUCCUACUAACGGCCGUCUCGCUCGUCGGCAGCGGCACCGCCAUUGCCCUGGGCCUGCUGCUCUUCACCACCGCCCGCGGCUGGAUCCUCAACGCCACCAUGAUCGAGGACUGGGAGGUGGAGCGCCACGAGGCCGUGCUGGCCCGCCAGCAGCGCCACGACCGCGAAGACGACUCGGAAUCUGACGAUUACGACGACAACGACGGCAAACCCCGCUCCCGCCGCCAGGCGUUCUGGCAGGACACGGACCCCAUCAUCCCGCGCGUCGAGUACCCCUACGACAUCGGCGUGUUCGCCAACAUGGCGCAGGGCAUGGGCACGCGCAACGCGCUGAAGUGGUUCCUGCCGUGGGCCGGCGGGCCCGUCGUCGACGCCUCGGGCCGCGGCUGGGGCUGGGAGUGGGAGGAGAACAGGUUCAACUCGCGCGCAGGCAUGUGGCCGCCGCCGGACCCGGAGAAGCUGCGCCGGAACGCGCGGGGGGCGUGGCCGGCGGCCGAAAAAUACGCCGCAGCAGUAGCAGCGGCAUCAUCAACAGCUCUGAGCGGCGAGGAGACCAAGGCGGCGUUCGCGGCGCGCCAGCAGGCGGACCUGAUACGGCGGGGCCACCAGCGGCCGGCGCCGGCGGGGCCGAUUCACGGUGAGGACAACGACGACAUCAUGGCCGAGCUCGAGGAGCAGCCCGACAACGACGAAGACUACGACGACUACGAUAGUGACGGCGGAGACGGAGGAGCGGGACAGGCGUGGAAAGACUCUGAAUCCAACACGCUGUGGGACUACGGUGUUGACGAGGAUGCCGAAGAGGACGACGCGCGGCCGUUCGCUGCUAGACUCCAGAAAGUAGAAGAAGAGCCACGAGUCAUUGAACUCGACGAUGACGACGACGACGACGACGAAGUUCCCCUCGCCGAGCUGAUACGCCGGAGAAAAGUCCGGACCACGGACGGCGGGGAGGACUAGGGAGACAGACAGAAGCCCCUUGUAGUGUUCAUAGCUACCUCGGGUACGCAGAAAUGUACGGAAUAUAGAUAAUGCCAAUCGCCUAAAACAAAGAA